AUGGCAAUCUCUGUGGACAAGGACCAGCUCCCUCUGUGGGUAACUGCUCUUUCAAAGAAAACGUGUGCAACCACAGACUUUGCCUGUUCAAAUGGACAAUGCGUCCCUGCAAGGUGGCGCUGUGACGGAGAACCGGAGUGUGCAGACGGUUCAGAUGAGGCUGAUGCAAUCUGCAGCCGACAGACCUGUCCACCAGAGAAGUUUGAUUGUGGAGGGGCUGCCAGCAAAUGCGUUUCGUUGUCAUGGCGAUGCGACGGAGAGAGAGAUUGCGAGAACGGGGCAGAUGAGGAGCAGUGCGCUGCAGAUGCCAAGGCCUGCCCCUCGAAAGAUUUCCAGUGCCGCAAUGGAAAGUGUGUGGCGCCAAUCUUUGUAUGUGAUGGCGACAAUGACUGCGGGGACAACAGUGACGAGGAAAAGUGCACGGCUCCCACCUGCGGCCAGCACGAAUUCCGCUGCAAUGACUCUGAGUGCAUACCCGCCCUGUGGAGUUGUGAUGGCGACCCGGACUGUAAGGACAAGUCUGACGAGUCCAUGGAGCGCUGCAGCCGGAGGACAGAGCCCCAGAAACCUCGCUGCCCGGUGGGCGAGUUCCAGUGCGGGAGCGGGGAGUGUGUUCAUAUGAACUGGAAGUGUGAUGGAGACGCGGACUGCAAGGAUAAGUCGGAUGAAGCAAACUGUCCCCUGCUCACAUGUCGACCUGAUGAGUUCCAGUGUGGUGAUGGAUCCUGUAUCCACGGCACCAAACAGUGUAAUAAAGUUCACGACUGUCCUGACUACAGUGAUGAAGCUGGCUGUGUCAACGCAACAAAGUGCGACGGGCCACGAAAGUUCCGCUGUAAGAACGGGGAGUGUAUCGACAGCAGCAAGGUGUGCGACAAUGUGAAAGACUGCAAGGACUGGUCUGAUGAACCCAUGAAGGAGUGCGGCAUGAAUGAGUGUGCGGACAACAAUGGCGGCUGCUCCCACAUCUGCAGGGACCGCAGAAUUGGUUAUGAGUGUGACUGUCCGUCUGGGUACAAACUCCUGGACAAAAAGACUUGUGGAGACAUAGAUGAGUGUGAGAACCCAGACGCCUGCAGUCAGAUCUGCAUCAACUACAAAGGAGAUUAUAAGUGCGAAUGCUACGAAGGCUACGAGAUGGACCCUGCCUCUAAGACCUGCAAGGCAGUGGGAAAGAGUCCAUAUCUGAUGUUCACCAACCGCCAUGAGAUCCGUCGCAUUGACCUGCUGAAGAGUGAAUACACACAGGUAGUCCCUACCCUAAAGAACGCCGUGGCCCUGGAUGUUGACGUUUCCACCAACAAGAUGUUCUGGUGUGAUCUAUAUCAUCGUAAAAUAUACAGUGCUUACAUCAACAAGGCCAGUGACUCGUCGCAGCAGGUGACUCUCAUCGAGUCGCUCCACUCCCCCGAGGGCCUGGCCGUCGACUGGGUCCACAAGAACAUCUACUGGACCGACUCUGGCAACAAGAGCGUCUCUGUUGCAACAGGAGACGGCAGGAAGAGAAAAGUGCUGAUAGCCACCGAGCUGAGCGAGCCGCGGGCCAUCGCAGUGGAUCCACACCAAGGGUUUAUGUACUGGUCAGACUGGGGAGGUCAGGCCAAAAUUGAGAAGGCUGGGAUGAACGGAGUGGACAGACAAGUUUUGGUGUCUGAACACAUUGAGUGGCCCAAUGGAAUCACCCUGGACUUGUCAAACAGGCGUCUCUACUGGGUGGACUCUAAGCUGCACCUUCUGUCCAGUGUGGAUCUGAAUGGAGACAACCGCAAAGUGCUGCUGUCCUCCCAUCACCACCUGGGACACCCAUUUGCCCUCACUGUGUUUGAGGAUCGUGUUUAUUGGACAGACUUGGAGGAUGAAGCGAUAUACAGUGCCAACCGACUGACGGGACACGAUGUGGCAAAAGUGGCAGAGCACCUCAACAACCCUCUGGACCUGGUGGUGUUUCACGAACAGAGGCAGCCUAAGGCCCCAGAUACCUGUAACAUGGGCAGUCUGCCUAAUGGUGGCUGUGAAUACCUCUGUCUGAAGGCCCCGCAAAUCACAGACCAUUCUCCCAAGUAUACCUGUGCCUGUCCUGACGGCAUGGAGCUGGGACCAGACAUGAGGCGCUGUGCUAUAGUUCGACCCAGAACAACCACAACAGUUGCUCCAACUACAACCACAACUCCUACCACAAGCACUACAACCAGCACUACAACAACCAGCACAACUGUAUCCACCACCACGGCUCCCUCUACCACUACCACCACCACAACCACCACCUCUGCUGCCACAACACUCAGGCCCACAACUAGACGCCUGACGACACCGGCCCCUCCUCAGACCCCGAGAAGAACCUCUACGGAGCGGCCACGGACCCCGGCUGCCAUGAACACAGAGACGACCAGUUUCAGCAGCACGGGUCAGACGUCCACAUCCACACACACACCCCUGUUGGGUCCAGUGGCACCUAACAGCAUUCAGAGAGAAAAUAAUGCCAACCUCUCCCACAGAGCUGCGAGUGAUCACUACCUCAUAGGUAACAACAUCACAGUAGCUGUUCUGGGGAUAGUCAUUCCUAUCGUCCCUAUCCUUGCCACAGUGGUCAUUGGAUUACUCUGCACCGGCGGCUACCUGGUUUGGCGCAACUGGCGGCGCAAGAACACCAAGAGCAUGAACUUCGACAACCCUGUGUACCGCAAAACCACAGAGGACGACGACGACGAAAUCCACAUCGGGCGACACAGCGAGUCCAUCGGCCACGUGUACCCAGCACGCGUGGCACUCAGUCUGGAGGAUGAUGGCUAUCCCUGAGGAAGGGGGGAGGUAGAUGCAGCCUGAACCCCCCCCUCCCAAAAUCCCAUCCUGGCCCCUCCUCUCACCACAGCCUCUACACCACUACAAUGAGGCCAGUACAACGCAGAGGAGAAAGAGAAGGAGUCCUCAUUUUGCCUCCCCCACUUUUUGCGGAGCAGGGGAUGACAUGUACAUCUUGUAAACCCCCCCCACUUUCUCCACUGGAGUAACAUUACUACCACUACUACUUCCCUUAGUGCUAGUUCAUUAGUAGCCUCUGCUCCACUCUGCUCCUCUCUCUCUGCCUCUUGUUAGCUGUAGUGGUGUGUUAAAAUGCUGCUUUGAUGAUUUUGUUCAAACUAACCUCAUUUGGCCGUCUCAGUGCACAUUGUACAUAGAAGGCUGCUGUCUGGCCACCGUACAGUGGGAAAAGCCAGCAUGUUUUUAAUUCCUCAUUUUAUUUAUUUGUGUUGUAAAUAUGUAAUCUCUCAGUGCACAGUCAGAUCGUUUCAAGUUUGCAAGGACAUACAGUAGUAGGCAAGGACGUGAUUUUUCUUCAUAGCUCCCUUUGCAUCUUCAGUUGACAUAACAGAUUUUAAAACAGGGCGAUGUCAUCUUUUUUCACACCGUUCGCCCCUUGACAUACUGUAUGUAGGCAGGCAGAGCUAAAUAUAGCCAAGGGGAAUGGAGACAGAGAAAAAAAUGAUGGGGUUGUCUGCAUGUUUGGAGGUGAUUUCGGGGUGAAAGAGUUAGAAAGGGUGCUUUUUUUUUUACAAAAAAAAGGGGGGGGGGAUUUGUGCCACCAGAGGGUAGUGCCUCAGGGCAAAAGGCAGCAGGGCAGAAAGGCAAAGGAUUAUGGGUAAUCCUCUCUCCUGGUAUCAGAGGUAUGCGCACAGUCGAUAAUGAACUUGGGAUUGUUUGUUCAUUCGCUGUGGGUGUUAGGACUCACACCUGUUUCUGACUUUUUGUUUGUGUUUGUGACUGCCACCGUCAAUAUAUCAGAAGUAAAGCUUAAUUUCUAGAAGGUAGAGUGUCACAAAGCAUCUUUGUGUGACUGGUUUGAAAUAUAAAACCGGUGCUUUGAGGUACUGAGUUCUGUGAUUUUCAACCUUUACAAUGGAGCAUAGAUACACAAAAAAUAUGAUUUAUUUUGCAUUUUUAUUUCAGAAAUUCAAAAUACAAUAUAUUUAUCAUGUUAUCUGGAUCUGUGUACAUUUAACUGUGUAGUUGCACAUGCUGUCGUGGAAUCCUGUAGAAAUGAAGUCUCAGAAAAUGAAGCAUGAGGAAAAAAAAUAGCUCUCAGUUUUUUUGUUUGAUUGCUGCAGUAUAAAAACAAAGAUCCAUUUGAAACCUAAUUUAAGGUUUAUGAAAUAGAAAAUAUGGGAAGAAAUUGUCAAAUAUGCUGUACAGUCCCUUAACAUAUCUUGACACAGAAUAUGGGAGAGGAACAUGUAAAGAGGUGUGUAUUUUCUUUCACUGAUUAAAGGCAAAGUAUGCAGGAUUUUCCUUAAAGAAAAAGAAUAUAUCGACAAACACAAGAAAUCCCUCUGUGUGUGGCACCUUAUUUUGGUUUGUUCAGGAUGUUUCCAUGUGUCAACCUUUGUGUAGCGGUUUGUAGCCCCCAGCCAAUAGCAGCGAAGGUUUGGGACUCUAUAUAAACAGACUAUAAAAAUGUAGCGACCAGCUGUCUCUCUUUUCUGCUCUGUGGAUGCGAUCUGCAGGUCUGUGUUUGUUCGAUCGAGACCAAGGUUGAGCCACAGACACAAGCUUUAGCUGAAUUCACACAAGUCCUGAAAUACAGCACCUCACUGCAAGUUGUGCAGAGGUGAACAUGUGUUCAUUUGUGCUUUAGAUCGAAACUGCAGUGAAACGAUCAGAAAAUUACGUUGUAAUUCUCUGAUUCACCACUUCGUUCUCAGUAACGUUGCUCCCUCUCUUUACUCUCAAGCUCACUUGACUCGGGUUACUCCUUGAAAGUCGAAGAUUUUAAUCAUCAGUCGGAGACAUCGUCGAAUGAGAUUGCUUCAAGUCAAGCAGUCGUUUUUAGUGUUUUUUGCUAGUCGGUGUGCUGUACUGUGUACUGUAAUAAUUUGGUCCCCAGAUUUUGCGGUGGAUUGAGUGCUCUUGAGUUUCACGCUACUCUUUGGUACAGGGAGCUGCAGACACGCAGGCAGAGGAAGAGAGGGGAAACACCUUCUGCUUGGUAGUGAUGAAUUUACAGCUCACAGAAACUUGAUACUACAUAGUCUCUGGCUUUUGUUUAGUAUCUAGCGUCAGCAAAAAUGUUGUUGCACAUUUCUGUCAUAAGCUGGGUUAGCGUAUUCACUCUGAAUGUCACUCAACUUUAAAACCUGAUAUGAGGGGAAAAAAAUGAAAAUACAAUGAAUAAUAGUACUGAAUGACCAAAUCUUAUUCAACUGGAAUAAUUCUGAGUCGUGUACAGACUUACAUUGACCACCGUUGGCCACGUUUGAAUGCUUACAAACUCUAAGUGACAAAUCCUGCAUAGUAAGCCUUUAAUUGAUCUACUGACACAAAUUUUAUUGGCAAAAGACAACUGAAAGUAUGCUUUUUUGCAUUACUUUUGGGUAACUCUUAUGGGUAAUGCUCCCAAAACAUCACUUUUCCUUUGAUUUGACAUAACAUGGUUUCAUAACUUCACAUCAAUCCCUGUGUUCCAGCAGUUUCACAGCUCUGCUUUUGGUUUUUCUUGGCAUCAUAACUUCUCCAUUUCUCAUCCCUCCCUUUUUUAACAACGUGGCUGUGUGUUUUCUGGAUGAGAGGCUGUCGAAAAAGAGCCCAUAUUUGGAAGGAAUCACUUUCCGCUGUCACUGACUGUUCAGCGUGGUUGUUAGCGUCCCUGUUUUGUAUGAGCAGAUGAGUAAUACGUCGAGGCUGACUGAGCCGAACACUGAUUUGAUUUGAAAGCUGGAUAGAGAGGAAGCAUGUAAACCAGCGUAAGGAGCUGAUCUUCCAUUGGCUUGCCACAGACAUGCUUCCAGCCCAUCAAAUCAGAUGGAAAUCAUGCUCAGUGGCUAUUGCAAUAAUUGCACAUAAUGUGUUGUAGUUGUGAAUUACCAGAGGCCGUUAUGACAAGUUAAUAUGAUCACUGUUACAAGUCGUUAUAGCUACCAUUUGGUCUCAAGACAGGGGCAUCUCAAAGGUGUUAGGCACACUCAUUAUGCAUUAUAUAAGGUAUACAUUGUACAAAUUAUAACUACAUCACUGGUCUUCCAUUUUUUAACAAAUUUGAACAAUGCUGCAUCACAGUUGAGCUGCUUCUGUCUGUCACACUGUCUUUUUUGAAGCAAAAACAAGUGUAGAAUGCAAACAUUAAAAGUCUUCCAACGUCGGCUCAGAAUAGACGCAGCAUAUGUAUUCAUCUUACACUAUACAGACAGUAUGUGCAUACAGGCAAACAGUUGAUUAAUGGUAGUUAUUAUUCAUAGUUCUCACUGUUUCCUGGAAGUGUUUGCUCAGUGUGGAUGCUCGGGUAACCACAGGGGAGGAAGACAGAAACAGACAAAGGUAGGCAGGAAAUGACUGCCAGGAUUCAGACUUAACCACAAGCGAAUGGGUUUGUGCUCGGAAGAUGAAUAGUGGGCCAUUUAUUUUGCCGGAUUUCUGCUGAUGUUAUGUCGCAGUAUUCUGACAGUCAUUCCCACUCACCUCCCUCAGAAGGAUGGCACUCUCAGUUUAUGAUACACCGUGGGGGAUUUGUAUGUUCUGUAUGUGACAAGUGGCAUGCUAGACAGGUAAAUUAUAGUCCUCUCCGGCACUGCACUCCCCUGUGUCUAUCUAAUGAAGGAGGAUUGAGCACAAGGGAGAGGCUGUCUCCCUUCAUCUUAACCUUGCACAGAUAAAAAAUAAAAUGCAUUACAUGGUGGGGAAGACUGUGACUCAGCUCAGUGUGAUCCCAGACUGGUUUGGUAGCUUGCUUCUGUGUUUGUUUUUUGGGGGCAGAAAAUAGCAGUGACAUGUAGGGAACCGUUUAAAUAGGUACAGCUGCAUUUUUUGUAUAUUUUAUGGUCAUUUUUAUGAUUUUGAUUUUCCAUUUUUACUUCCUAAAGUAAAGUUGAAGAUGAUGUAAGAUUCCAAGAAAGAUGAAACAGGUCAGAUGUGAAUUUUAGAUUAAAUAAAUCACAAACCGCCUGCUAAAUUGAACCCUGGGCUCAGCCAGCUCUGCACUCCACAUACUUUCCCUUCAUGUCCAUGUUUGCUGCAGGUCUAAUGGAGUUCCAUACGGGGAACGUUGCAGUUAGGAGAAUAAAUUGCUUAUUUAUUGAGGUGACUGAGCGUGGCAUUGUAGAAAAGUUAUUAUAGCUACAGUGUGAAGACAGAUUGGCUGGUCCACAUUGUUGGCCACCUUGGGAGCAGCCGUCUCCACUGAAGGACACUGAGAAAGUCCAGAAAGGGAAUCUUGUCAUUCAUCAUAUAGCAGGUAGUAAUUAUACUGUUAAUAGAGGAUAUGCUUUGACAGUUUGCUGUCUAGACAUUCUUGAUUCAUAUUUUUCAUAAUUUAGCGGCUAAUCAUGACCUGAUGGAAACAUGACCAUAGUUGUAAUAUCAGUCAGCUCCAAAAGAACAGGAUCAAUUUUGGUGUUCUGCCUCAUGUUGAAAAGAGCUGUGUAUUGGCAAGAGCCUGACUGUACGAUACAUAUCACGAUACAGGGCUACAGUUUAGUAUAGUGCGAUACUCCAAGCAAGGCAAUAUAUAACAUUGUGAUUUAAAUCUAAUAUAAGCAGCGAGCGAUGUGCCCUGUAAAACUUUAUGCCUGUUUUAUAGGCCUGUUUUCUUUGUG